CCCCGCCCCGAGAGGUCGGGCGGGCAGGGAAUGCUGCGGGCCGGGAAUGCUGCGGGCACCAUGGAGCAGCUCGGGAAGCGCUCGGCGGCCCGGCUGGACACCGUCCUGCGGCACCUCUGCCCGCGGCUGGGGGCGGCCCCCGCUCCCAUAAGCAUUCCUACUUCUGCCCAAGUCAGUGUUGUUCCUCAUUCAGGGGGGUUUUGCUACACCCUGGACAAUGAUCUCCUCACCACACAGCAGAGGCAGUUCUAUGAAGACAAUGGGUAUCUGCUCAUCAAGAAGCUCGUUUCUGAUGAAGACAUCGAGCGCUUCAGGAGGGAGUUCAUGAGGAUCUGUAAAAGAGAGGUGAAUCCACCAGGAGCUAUGAUUAUGAAAGACGAGUCCCUGAGAUCCCAGUUUGGUCAGUCUGAAAAAGUGGUUAAUAAAGUGCAGGACUUCCAGGAAGAUGAAGAGCUGUUCAGAUACUGCACUCUGCCAGAGGUCCUCAAAUAUGUCGAGUGCUUCACAGGGCCAAACAUCAUGGCAAUGCACACCAUGCUGAUAAAUAAACUUCCAGAUUCUGACAAACAGACUUUUCUCCACCCCAUGCAUCAGGACCUGCACUAUUUCCCGUUCCGGCCCGCGUCCCGCAUCGUGUGCGCCUGGACCGCCAUGGAACGGGCAGACCAGGACAACGGCUGCCUGGUCGUGCAGCCCGGGACACACAAGACCACCCUGAAGCCUCAUGGCUAUCCCAAGUGGGAGGGUAAAACCAACAAACUUUUCCAUGGGCUGCUUGAUGAGGAUGAGAAGACUCCCAAGGUUCACCUUGUCAUGGAGAAGGGAGACACGGUGUUCUUCCAUCCCCUGCUCAUUCAUGGCUCUGGGAUAAACAAGACAUCGGGUUUCCGAAAGAGCAUAAGCUGUCACUUUGCCAGCUCGGAGUGCUACUACAUUGAUGUCAAGAACACGACUCAGGAGCACCUGGAGAAGGAACUGGAAGAAAUGGUCUGCAAGAAAUACAACGCGACUUCCGUGAAGCUCAAGGAUAUCUGGAACUUCCGAGCACGGCUUGUGCAGGGGGAAAGAAUUAACCUGUAGAAGACCCUCUGAAGAGUAGGAUGGAAAACAAGUGCCUGAGAACGAGCUUCUCUGGGGGGGAGACUGCAGACCCUGCCUGGGCAGCCAGAAUUCCAUAUGCUUUGUUGGCCUCUGUAGUGGUAACUCAGCCAAAUGCUGCAUUGCAAAAUCGUUCUAUGCUAAUACAGAAUAAUUGCCCUGAGGUUGGACAGCAAAGAAAACCUAAUCUAGAAAACCAGAUUUGCUGUGGAUAUCUUAGAGAAUCGAAGAGUUAAGGUCUUGAAAGAACACCUUGAUUUUCCUGAUGUUUUCUUUCUUGUUUCUUAAAUGUUUCCCACAUGACACACCUUUGGAAAGACGCUGUACUAACAUGAGAUUUUAUGCAAGAAUUUCCAGUGUUCCCAACUUCCUUUCUAUGCAAAAAAAAAAAAAAAAGAAGAGUUUCACAGAAGCCUGACAUGGGAAGUUAUUGGUGUAAGAAACUACAUAAGGGAAAGCAGCAAUGACUCAUAUAGAAAAAUGGGAUUUGUGGGCAGGAAUGUGAUUGCUGGUAGAGUUCCUCAAACAUGGCUUGCUGUGGCAUCGUACCUGACUGAGCAGCACUGGCAUAAGUGAAAUGUGUAUCUGAUGGGGUUGGGAGAUACUGGGCCAAUGAACCAGCCUCCCAUUGGCCUUGCACAACUGAUCCAAAGCUGUGUCAAGUAAGGGAAGUCCUCCUUUGAGACUGGUGGGACUGGGAAAAGGUGCCUUUUGCUGCUGCCAGUUUGAGGAGGUGGUUGGAUGCUCCUUGGGACACAGUGGUGGCAGGGUGGAGAGAUGUGCACUGAGAUGAUCCUCUCACCUUUGACAAUGUUUUUUCUUGCUUUCUGAAA